UGGGCUACAACGUCGCGAAAGUGGCAAGCGUUUGAAGUUACAUUUUCUUCGGAUAAUCCGUCAAGAUGUGCUACAAAAUAAGUGGAACUUUUUGUUUGUCCAAAAAAUUUCACGGCUGUUCGAUUAAUCGUCGAAUAAUUAUUGUUUUCGGGUUCAAUUGGACUACUGAUCGUCAGAUACUGAUUGAAGAUUAAUAGGACACCGGUGAUAAGACUGCUCAGAAUAUCCGAAAUGGCGAACGUGUGAAGAGAUGAGAUCGUGAAACGUUUCACUUUAUUUCGAAACACGUAGAAAAGAAAAACAAGACUAGACACCAACAGGACAAGCCCCUCUAGAUAGACAAUGUCGAUACGGCGUCGAACAGAUCCCCUGAUAACGCAACGAAUAUGGGAUGCCAUAAAAAUAACCGUGCAUCAGAGGAGUAUACCUACAAAGGAUCGUAUAAUACGUCAUUUAGCACGUGUUUAUGGUAUAACUGAACAAUCGGCCCAAGAAGAGUUGAGCCAUGCACUGGAAGAUAAACUGGUAUUUUUGAAGAAGGUGCAAACGAAAAAUGGACUGGAUAAUGAAACUCUUCGAUUACCAACCGAGCUUGAAGAUGGUGACUCUCACGAUUGGUACUGCUUCAAAUGUCAACGUGCCGGUCUUGUCGAAUGUUGCAUACAAUGUUACAGAGUAUUUCACAAAGAAUGUCAUACUCCGGCUAAUGAGGAAAAGAAACUCUGCGAAUUUUGCGAGAAAAUCAAUGAGGAUACGUUCACCGAUGUGUCUGAUUUAAAUCAUAUAUUGAGUUUCACUUGUGGUCACUUGAAAGCAAAAUUACCACCUGAAAUCACGAACAGAACGAUAAUAUCGGACAGCAAAACAGUCGAAACACCAGCUGGUGGUUUAUCAGGUCCGACGUGGAUAAGCGAAGGAGAAGAUGCAUGGCGUCCUGGAAUGCUUAUAAAGAAUCACAUGGAUCUCGCUAUAAUGGAAGCCAAAACAUCUCGAGACGAGUAUAAGAACCUUGCUGAAUUUCAAGCUGAUGCGCACAAUAUUCAUCAUAAUAUUAUGAUUUAUCAUGGAGAAAAAAGCGUAGUAGGGGAUAUGGCAUCGACCAUGUAUCAAGAUUGCUGUUACGACAUCAAAGAAAUUCGUCGUUGUGCCGAUUGUUACAGAAUAUCAAAUGAAAAAUCCGAGAAAAUGUGGUUUUGCAUACCGUGUGAUCCCCCACAUCAACUCGUGUAUGCAAAACAGAAGGGAUAUCCUUAUUGGCCAGCAAAAGUUAUGCAGCUGACUGAGGAAACGUACGACGUUAGAUUUUUCGGUGGUCAUCACAUGAGGGCAAACAUCGAGAAAAUUUUUAUUCGUCCAAUUACCGCGAGUCCCCAAAGUUUACAGCCAUCGGAAAAAGGAAAGUGGAAAGAAAUGAAGAUCAAACGUUCGACUGCCUGGAAUCGUGCCUUCGAAGAAUUGAAACACCAUCAAAAUUUGUUACAAAAGUUGGGCAAAGGAAGAUUAGCAUCGCGCGACGUGGAAGACCAGGAUGGGCCCAGACCAGCGAAAAUCCGAAACGUUGAAUCGUCGAAUUCAGCGACAACGUCAAACGGUUCGAAGAGCCCGGUCAAACCUGUCUUCAAGGAUUUGAGGGUAAAAGUCGAACGUCUUAGCUCUGACGGUAUCACGGAAAUGCAAUCUUCACAGGAAUCAAACGUUUUGAGUAAAAAGGAGUCGGGAGAAACCAGCGAGAGCCGUGAGACGAGCGAGGAGCGACAAGUCCCUCAUCUUCCGGUUGCUGAAGAUGAACCAGCGCGGGAAAUAUCGAGUACUUGUCCCCAAGGAUUGAAGAAAGAGGGUUCUCAAGAAGACAUGGUAACUUCUAGCUGUCAGGAGCCAAGAUUAAAGUGCGUUCUCGUGCAAACUGAACAAAUACAACCAGAAGUUGUGCCCGCCAAGGUAAAGAGAGAACGACGAACUUCGGAUCAACCGACAACAACCGCUUUGGAAAAACUUCGACGAGAGCUCGAGUUGGAUAAAUGUCGUGAGCUCGAGAGACUGCAGGCCGAACAUGCCAAAGAGAUGCGACAAUUGACGGACAAGCAUCAACAAGUCAUAUCAGAAAUAAAAAAGAAACAAUGGUGUUAUAAUUGUGAGACCGAGGCGAUUUAUCACUGCUGUUGGAACACGGCUUACUGUAGCACAGACUGUCAGCAGGUUCACUGGCAGCGUGAGCACAAGCGCGUUUGUAGACGCAAACGAUAAAUCGAAAUUUCAAUCACACGGAACUCGUGUGCAACAAAACGAGAUUACCUACGGUAAUCGAAAAAAAAAACGAAGGCAAACAAUUUUUCAAACUAAAGAGUUCGUGAAUGGGCUUCGGAAUCGAGAAAAGAGGACCAGUUGUAACAAUGGUCGGUAGGAACACCCUAAUAUAUAUAAUUAUAAAUAUUGAAUAUUGUACAAUAGACGCAUAUGAAUUGUUAUACAAUUUGGGCGGUAUCGAAAAAAGAAAUUGAGCGUCAAAUAUCAAUAGUUGUUUAUCACAUUUAUUCAUAUAGUUACGAUGUUAAAACUGUAAUCAACACCAACGCAUAUACAAGGACGAGAUGAAUAGUCUUCUUCGAUGGAACAUUUGAAAUGUUUCGGAAUCAGUGCACUUUAAAACAAAGAAAUAAAAACGCCAAGCGAACUAUAUUAGAAAUAAUGAAGGAAAGAAAUUUGAGCGUAUAUAUAUGAAUAUAAAUAUUCGUUUUACUCAUAAUUUAUCAAUAAUAUAACAAACCCAUUGGUAACUGCGUCGUUGUCACCAUUCACGCAAUCGUUCAAUUUCCUUCAAUUGUGUUGUGAAAAAAAAACAAACAUUGAAUGGACAUUUAUCGUCGAGGGUUUUCAUUUCUUUCGCACUUACGAAAAAUCUCUCUCGUAUCUAUUUUUUCAAGAAUUCAAGAGUCUUCUAAUCAUCAUGAUAAACAAGCAAAUAGCGAUUGAAAAUGUUGAACCUUUGUAUGGAUGGACUGCGUUAUUUGUUAGGGUUUGGAGAUGUAAAGUGAACGUCACCCACAAUCGAUAAGUUUUAUUUUAGGACAUUCAUCUGCUCCUUGAACACGACACUUUGAAUCACACCACAUUUUGUUCUGUAUCUGAAUGGUCAGGUUUUCAACUCUUUUACAUCGAUACGUAUGACACUGAGAAGAAUACAUAAUCGUGAUUAUUAUUGAUCUGAUGUUCUAAGUUUUAAAGCAUGAGGUUUUUAUUUCGUAAAAAAUCGUGUUUUAUCCGAAAUGUUUGAAGUACAGUGCGGUGUUCGAGGACUAAUUAUGAAUUUCUUACAAAAUUGCAAUCAAUUAUAUGAUCUCGAAAAGGCUUUUAUCGUUUUUUGACUAACCACAUGUAACGAAUGCAUUUCAAAAAUCAUCACUUGUCGAAAAUAUUUUGAGAAAUCUGUAAGUCUCAAAACCAAUUAUCAUUGUUCACGGUCUAUGUUACACAAUUUGAAGGGUUCUAUUUUAAAUUGCAUUUAUGUAGUACCUCAUCCUCUAUUUUGCCUAUUUGGAUAUCAAAGUUUAAAGUAUCAAAAAAUAAUUAAUGUAAUAAUUGCCUUUAAAUCACUGAAUGUCCUAAAAUCUCACUGACCACGUAAUACAAUUUCAUGGUUACGUUAGUCACAAGAUUGCUGCAUACGGUGAAAAUAAUGGAUGUAUACAUUUACAUAGAAUAUAUACGAAUGAUGAUGCCUCGAAGGGAGAAGAAGUUGAAUGAAAUGAGCAACAAUAAUAGUAAUAAUAAUUAUUAUUAUUAAAAAAUAGGCUGUGUAAGCAAUUGCAUUGAAUUUGAGGGAUCAUCGCACACGCCGUGCCUUGCUCAAAUAAUCGUCACUCUUAGAUGAGGUAUGCGUAUUCCGUUGAUUGAAAAUUAUACCGGGAGCAAGGUAUAAUAAAGUUGAGUAUACUUUUCGAGUGUACAAACAUUCACGUUACAUUUAAGAUUCACAGACAUUGGACGAAAUCUUGUUUUUCCACCAAAUUCACUAUUUUUAUUCACGGACCAUAAUCGCUGUUUUAGUGUUACGGUGAUGCAUAAUUUGUAAAUUGCAAAGAUUACUCAUGAACGAAACGAUCAUAAUGUUUCAACGGCACGUCUGGAAUAUCGAUGUUUGACAUUUCGUGUAUAUUGUAUUUUGAAUAUUUUCGAUGAUCUGUGAUCUCUCGUUUAUGCAGCAUAUCCUACAGUUUUUCACACAAAAACGAAUUACACUAAAAUAUUUUACUUUACACUCCUGCUUUCCAUCUCCACCCCUCCCCCCGUUUUAGUGCCCUUUUUAAACGUGUUGGGCUGUUACAUUUGUACAUGAAAAAAAAAAAAAUAAAAAAUAAAAUAUAAAUACACAUUA